AUGCGCUCUACUACCGCUCAUCAGCUUGAAAAAGAUGGGUCUCAUCCCAUCGCCAUUGUUGGUAUGGCAAUGCGACUACCAGGAGGUGUGCGAUCUGCUGCAGAUUUCUGGCAAUUGCUGAGUGAAGGACGUGACGGAAACUGCGUUGUCCCAGACUCGCGAUAUAGCGAACAGGGCUUCUAUUCUGAGUCGGGGGCCCAUUCAUUAAGAAUGCGACACGGUUACUACCUCCAAGAGGACUUGGAAACAUUAGACACCUCGUUCUUUGACAUGGAGGGACUCCAACCCUCCCGGAUGGAUCCACAGCAAAAGAUGCUCCUUCAGGUGGUGUGGGACUGUCUCGAAAACGCUGGACAAGUCGACUGGCACGGAAAACCAAUUGGGUGCUUUGUCGGUACGUAUGGAGGAGAUUGGGAAGAGAUGGAAUUCAGGGAUCCCCAAAAUGCACACAACUUCCAUAUGAUUGGGCAUGGAAAGUUUUCACUCGCAAAUGUGAUCUCUUAUGAAUUUCAUUUCAAUGGGCCCAGUAUGACGAUUGAGACUGGCUGUUCCUCUUCCCUUGUUGCUCUGAAUCAGGCCUGCCAGGCUCUCAUAAUGGGAGACUGCUCUACAGCCAUUGUUGCUGGAUCCAAUCUGAUAUUCACACCUACUGUUGGAAUGCAUGGGUCGGGUCUUAGCGUUUUCUCCCCAUCCGGUAUAUCAAAAUGCUUUGAUGCCUCCGCGGAUGGAUACGGAAGAGGCGAGGCCGUGAAUGCAGUUUGCAUCAAGCGGCUGGAUGAUGCCUUGCGGGAUGGAGACCAGAUUCGGGCUGUCAUUCGCUCUUCAAUGGUCAACCACGAUGGUCGAAGCCCUGGAAUCACCACACCUUCUGCCGAGGCACAGGAAAGGUUGAUACGGGAAACAUACAGACGAGCCCUGAUCAGUGAUCUCUCGCAGACUGCCUUCGUCGAGUGUCAUGGUACUGGUACUUUAGCUGGUGACCCGAUUGAAUGUUCUGCGAUAGCCAAGACCUUCCUCGGAGAAAUAUACAUUGGUUCGGUCAAAGCCAAUGUUGGUCACUCUGAAGGGGCAUCAGGACUCACGAGCCUUAUCAAGGCUGUCCUCGCUUUGGAGAAAAGGAUAAUACCGCCCAAUAUCCACUUCCAUGAACCAAAUCCGAGAAUUCCCUGGGAUAAUGGCCGCCUUCGUGUUCCCAAACGGCUUACUGCGUGGCCUCAGAAUCGAAAGGAGAGAAUCAGCGUCAGCAACUUUGGUAUUGGUGGCUCGAAUGCACAUGUAAUAAUUGAUUCGUCCUCUUCCUUCAUACCCACGGCUUUGGUAGAAAAUGGUGCAAGAGAGUCACGGCCUUUGCUGCUAGUGGUUUCUGCAAAAAGCCAGGAGGCCAUGUUGCGUCGAGAGCAAAGUUUGCUGAAGUACGUGACUUUGUAUCCGAAUCGUUUGGACGAUCUUGCAUAUACCCUCGGUGUUCGUCGAGAACAUCUGUCUCACAGGGGCUUCAUCACUACGGACGGUAUAGCGGCAGAGACGGAAAUCACCAAGCGUUCCAUUGCCAGUCGGGCCCCAAACUUGACAUAUGUCUUCACAGGCCAAGGUGCUCAGUGGGCCGGAAUGGGCAGAGGAUUAAUGAAAUGUUUCAAAGGCUUCUGUGACGAUAUACGAUCCCUGGAUGUUGUCUUGCAGAACUUGAAAAGACCUCCCUCGUGGAGUUUAGAAGUGACGCUUGCGGAGGCCGAUAUUGACCAGAUCAACACGCCUCAACUUUCUCAAACUUUGUGCUGUGCACUACAGAUCGCAUUGGUAAACCUCCUCGCAACAUGGGGAGUCGUACCCGCAGCAGUCAUCGGUCAUUCGAGUGGCGAGAUCGCAGCUUCAUAUGCCGCUGGAGCAAUUACGGCUGAGUCUGCGAUAGCUUUGAGCUACUAUCGUGGCCUGCUGGUAGAUGAAAUUGGCAAGUCUGGAGCAAUGGCUGCAAUUGGCCUCGGUCGCGCGCAAGUGGCAUCGUAUCUACAAGGCGGUGUUGUCAUAGCUUGCGACAAUAGCCCUAAUAGCGUCACUCUGUCCGGAGAGCCUCGUUCUAUGACAGCCGUGAGCAAGGUGUAUGAGACCAGCAUUCGACCAUACAUCAAGACUCAGAAGACAAUGAUUCCAAUGUACUCUAGCGUGACGGGACAAAUUAUCUUGGACCCGAAGCAGUUUAAUGCCAAAUAUUGGGCCCAGAAUCUUGUGUCACCCGUGCUCUUCUGGGGCGCUGCCGAGUCCAUUAUGGAAGAUCAGGCUAGAUCUCUGGCUCAUGAGAAGCAAGAAAUGUCAUAUUCAUCCUGCCUGAUUCGUGGACAAUGCCAGGCAAAAUCCCUCUUAACGGCAGCCGGAGAGCUAUUCCUUGGAGGUAUUCAACUGAACUUCGAGGUCAUCAAUGGCCCUGGAAAGGUUCUCACUGAUCUUGAUCCCUACCCUUGGCAAAAAGGAGAGCGUCAAUGGUCUGAGAGCCGAAUUACUCGAGAGUGGAGAUUCCGCAAGCACGCCCACCAUGAGCUCUUGGGUUCACGGGUUAUCGAAUCGACACAGCUUGAGCCCUCGUGGAGAAAUAUGCUCCAUAUUGAUGACGUUCCUUGGCUUUGGGACCAUCGUAUCGGAGGGUCGACAGUAUUUCCCUGUGCCGGUUAUAUCGUUAUGGCUGGUGAAGCUAUACGGCAGAUCACUGGGUGUGACAAAUAUCGCUUAAGAUGUCUUCGCCUCUCUAAAGCGUUGACACUGGACGAUCGUGGCCGAAUAGAAGUUUUUUCGUGCUUUAGACCAGCUCGUCUGACUGAGGAGUCUGGCUCGGGGUGGUACGAAUUCUCCAUUUCCAGCUUUAGAAGGGGCUCAUGGGUGAAGCAUUGCACAGGACAAGUGCGAAGCGAAGCAUCCUCGCCCACUUCGCGAGAUAUCAGAGGUCUUCCAAGAUCUGUAACUUCCCACUCAUGGUACGAGAAUCUAAAGGAGCGUGGGCUCGAGUAUGGGCCGAACUUCAGACUACUCCAGCACAUAUCAGCUCACCCAACACAACUAUCUGCGACCGCCAGCUUGCAGAGAGAUGGAUCUCUUGAUACGAUUGACGCUCCGACUAUUGAUCAGUGCUUGCAACUUGUCGCAGUCGCAAUGUCUAACGGUCUUCUUCGGAAGUGCGUCGCGAUGGGAAUGCCUGUGUACAUUCAGGAAGUCUUUGUCGGCAAGACAGGCCCGGACGUUUUUCUUGAAGCUUUCGCAACAGGGACAGCUCUGGGAGGGGCCUCUGGGGCUGCAUGUGCACAGUGGGGAGCAGAAGUGGGGGUAAAGCUUGAUGGUGUGGAGUUCAUGGGAUUCGAUGAAUCCUCUUCGGCAGAUGGUGAUCAAAAAUUGUGUUCAAAUCUCGCGUGGGCACCAGAUGUGGAUCUGGUACCAGAAGGGUCUCUUCUCGUGCCAUCUAGACCAGUGAUGUCUACUGCUGAUGAAACUUAUGCUCCUAGACAGCAGUUCUUUGACAUGUGCGUCAUUGAAACCGCACGACGAAUUGUUGAUUUGGAGCCGUUCUCAGAGCACCUGCGCAAGUAUCAACAUUGGAUGACGACAAAAUCAGCUGUGAUCCUCAAAAAUCUCCAAUCUAUUUUGUCAUCUAAGGAAAGCUCUUUCUUAAGAAUACCUAUUGAAGACUGGAUGAAAAUUCUGGCAGGCCUUAAGUGGCAGAUUGAGGAAACGAUGCCACUCAGCAGACAUUUCGCACAACUUUCUCUUCUUGUCGUGGAGAACUGCGUUGACAUCAUCCAGGGGAAGUGUCAACCUUUGGGUCUACUAAUGGAAAACGAUGGCUUAUCGCAGCUCUACAACACUGGUAACAGCAGAAAUUACGAGGAGUUCUUGAGGCUCCUUAGUCAUGCUCAACCCGAUCUUCGGAUUAUUGAAAUUGGAGCAGGCACUGGAGCGACGACAGCAAGAGCCCUGCAAUGCCUCCACCCUGACGGAAUGGAUCGUCAGUAUUCGCGCUAUGUGUUCACUGAUAUUUCCUCGGCCUUUUUCCGACCAGCAAUGGAAAGGUUCAAAGCACACGAGGCGCUUGAAUUUGCGGUGCUAGAUAUCAGCCAGCCUCCAGCCAAUCAAGAAGUUGAACUCGCAAGCUUUGAUCUAGUGAUUGCGUCCAAUGUACUACAUGCCACAUGCAGUAUACAAGAGACUUUAAAAAAUGUCAAGUCUCUCCUCAAGCCUGGUGGGCGUGUCUUGAUUGAAGAAAUUUGCUCUGAGGCCCAACCAAUAGACUUCAUUAUGGGUUUGCUCCCCGGGUGGUGGAUUGGUGAAGAAGACAACCGCGUCGAUGCUCCGUAUAUUUCGAUGGAUCGUUGGCGGAGCGAGCUACAAAAAGCCGGAUUUGAAAAUAUCCACUCGGCUCCAGGCGAAGCAGAAAUAUACAUGACCUCGAUACUCGCAUCUCUUCCUCCGCUACUGCAUAGCGAAAAGCAUACAGUCCAUCUUCUCUGCAAUUUGCAGAGACCAAAAUGGGCAAUCAAUGUUGCUGAGAGGAUAAUGGCUCUUGGUUUUCCCGUCCGUUGGUGCGACCUUUCAGAGCCACCUCCUGCCAAUGAAGACGUCAUUUCCUUCCUCGACGUUGAAGAGCCAUUAUUGCAUUCCUUGACGAGCACCCAACUUGCCCGACUUCAAGAAUAUCUCUCGUCAUGCAUAUCCACUCGUAUUCUGUGGCUGACCCGUAGCUCCCAGAUGACUUGUCCAAAUCCUCGUUAUGGGUUGACCCUGGGUUUCGCGCGAACAAUGCGGAUGGAAUAUGAGAUGGACUUUGACACUGUCGAGGUGGAAGAGUUGGAUAGAAUCUCGGAGACUGGCGUUGUUGAGAUCUACAAGAAGUUUCAACAGCGGCGUUUCCGAGCUGACACAACAAUGGAUCAUGAGUAUGCCAUCCAGGAUGGAGUGGUUCAUAUUCCAAGAUACCACUGGAGUAAUUUGUCUGAGAACCUACUCGAAGACCCUUCAACGGCAGGUCCAAAGACUCUCGCAGUCGAGCAACCUGGGAUUCUGGACUCUCUGAAGUGGAUUGAAAAUGAGUUGCCCACUCUAGAUAAGGACGCGGUGGAGAUUGAUGUGAAAUUCGCGGGCCUCAAUUUCCGAGACUUGAUGGUAAGCCUGGGAAUGUUGCAAGGCAAAACUGAUAUUGGACUGGAAGGAAGCGGUGUGGUUCGAAGCGUUGGAAGGGACGUUACACAUGUCAAGGAAGGAGAUCAGGUAGUAUUCCUUGCCUCGCCUGCUUUCAGUACCCGUGUCGUUGCGCCGGGUGCUCUUGUCGUCGCAAUACCCGCUGGGCUCCCUUUGGAUCAAUCAGCAACAAUUGGCUGCGCGUAUACUACCGCAGCGUACUGCUUGAUGAACGUGGGCCGACUGCAAAAAGAUCAGUCGGUGUUGAUUCACUCUGCCGCAGGCGGAGUAGGGAUCGCGUCUAUCAUGCUCUGUCAGAUGCUCGGUGUACAGAUAUACGCUACGGUCGGUAACCAAGAGAAGGCAAAGUAUCUCACUGAAACCUUCGGAAUCCGGACAGAGCAUAUUUUCGAUUCCCGGAGUACUUCCUUCGCGUCGAAUUUGCUGAGAAGAACUCGAGGCCGAGGUGUCGAUCUGGUCCUCAAUUCCCUGGCAGGAGACCUCUUGUUGGCAUCAUGGGAAUGUGUAGCUGAAGGAGGCAUGAUGGUGGAAAUAGGUAAACGCGACUUUAUGGGUCAUUCUAUGCUUCCCAUGGAUCGGUUCCUUGCGAAUAGAUCCUUUGUGGGAGUGGACAUUCUUUCCCUCGCCAAAUUGCGGCCCCAAGUCGUCCUAGAGUGUUUAAGAACCGUCUCAGCCCUUUUGGCCAAGAAGUCCAUUGCGCCUAUUCAGCCAAUGCGUGUCUUUGGAGCACGCCAAAUUACCGAGGCAUUUAAGUAUAUGCAAGAAGGCAAACACAUGGGAAAGAUCGUUGUCGAAAUGCCAGAUGAUGCCCACGAACUUCUAAAGUCCAAAACCCCGGCAAAAAUUUCCUUCUGUCAUGACGGUGCCUAUCUUUUGAUAGGUGGUCUGGGCGGACUAGGUCGUGCUGUGGCGCAAUGGAUGGUUGAAAAUGGCGCCAAACACUUGGUGUUCCUUUCACGCACUGCGGGAGCUGGUGAUAACGAUGCCAAGUUUGUCUACGACCUAGAGCUCCAAGGGUGUGAUUCCCUCUUGAUUCAGGGUGACGUCGCCAACCUGACGGAUGUCAAAAAAGCAGUCGCUGCCAGCUGCAAACCGGUGAAGGGUGUCAUCCAUAUGGCAAUGCUCAUGAAGGACUCCCCUUUCUUCAGCAUGACUCACGAACAGUGGGAAGAAGCAUUGCGUCCUAAGGUUGAGGGAGUGUGGAACCUGCACGAAGCGUUGCAGUCCCGCAGUCUCGACUUCUUCGUCAUGUUCAGCUCUGUCGCCGCAGCAGCUGGCUCUGCUGGGCAAGCAAACUAUGCAUCCGCCAACACUUUCCUUGGUGCAUUCGCACGUUAUCGCCAGUCUUUGGGUCUACCAGCAUCCGUCCUCGAUGUUGGUUGGAUCACCGACGUCGGGUAUGUUAGCCAGCGACCGGAGCUCUUGGACAUGAUGCGGUCUAAGAACUUUAUCCCUUUACGAGAGAGUCAUCUCCUGGCCGCGUUGCAAUUGCUCUUGUUCCCGCCCAAAAUGGUUGAUGGGAUGCCAUCGAAGUUUAGAGAUGAACACCACCUGUUGAUCGGAUUGGGUCUCUUGUGGUCACAGGCUUCGGGUGACAUGCGAUGCAAGGACGCCCGGUACCGACAUGACCUCGCGGUAGGAGUUGCACACCUCGAGCCACGUUCUUCGGGAGACAGUCCUAUCAAAGGUCUUGUUCACGCCGUAGAGGAGAAUCCUGAGAUCUUACAGCAUGCCCAUACUGUUGACCUUCUCACUAAGGAAAUGGCACUUUUGAUGGGGCCAUAUUCAGCUGCUGUUAAGAACGAAGAUUGGGCGGCCAUGGCUGAAAUAUCGGUCGACUCGCUUGUAGCUGUGGAGGCUCGGGCAUGGUUGAAGCGUAAUCUCGAAGUGGAGCUUGGCCUUGUCGACAUCGCAACGGCAGGCACUGUUCGGGGCGUUGUCUCUCUCACUAUGGCUGCGCUGAGCCAUAAAUACUCCGUGAAACGGUGA